AUGAAUGUGCUGUACACCGGCAAGAGUCCUGACGGAACAUCAGCCACCGUCCAUGUCGACGGCCGCAUGUACACCAUUCCCUCCAGCUGGCUGCCUGAAGACGAGCCGACCGAGGGGACGUGGUUGACGGCACGCCGGCUGGAGGCCAACAGGCUCCUCUCGGCGACCAACGAGCGGGUCCUUGGCCUCCCGGACGAAGUGGCGCUCAUGAUUCUGGAGCAGCUCGACGAUCGCUCGUUGGCGGCGGCCUCGGCCGUGGCGAGGGCGUGGCACCGGCUGGCGGUCGACAGCGGAUUGUGGAACAAGCGCUCAAGCGUAGUCUGGGGAUCGGCGUAUGGGGGUUCGGGCCGGGCACUCCAGAGCGGCAAGGCUGGGUACGUAGCUCGGGCCGCGCAUCACGCGCGAUGGAUGACUGGUGAUGUUGUGUAUCUGGAUCCAUCGGGCUCAACGUUGCCGAAAGCAGGGCGAAAGGGCAAGAAGGUGGGCAGGGGUGUGCCCGGUGGCGAGGGCGUCGACUUUGUCCCGGCCUUCCGCACCUCUGUCCACUCGGCGAUGAUCUCCACAGCCGAGUUUACCAGCGACGGCCUGCUGAUGACCGGAGGGUGGGACGGCGCCGUGGUGACGUACGCGCUUGGGGCCACCGGCGGCCUCACACAUGUCAUGCCAACGGCGCGGUUUGAUCUCGGGCUCAACAACAUCAACGCGCUGGCAGUCUGCGAUGGCUCAACCUUUGCUAGUGCCGGCGGCCACGCGCGGACGGUGUGGGACGUGGUUUCCGCGCCGUGGGCAGACGGCGACGUUGUGCUCUCGUGCGGACAGGAUGCGCGGGUGGUGAUGUGGGAUGUGCGGCAGGGGUGUGCGGCCAGCGAGAUGGUGGCAGCGCAGCGGCCGGUCGUCUCGCUCGCGGCACAGGUCCUUGGCGGCGCUCAGCUGGUGUACGCCGCUGCUGAAGAGUCGACCGUCGCGGUCUACGACGCGCGGCGGCCGUCUUCUCCGCUGCAAACGCUCGAGCUGCCCGGCCGUGGAACGCUUGUCGGUGUCCACGGUGACGACGUUGUGUUCAGCGCAGCACUGAGCUCGAAUGGCGGGGGACGACUCAUCGAUGUCCGCCCCGACGCGGGCGAUGCCGGCGGUGCCGGGCCGAGUGCGGCCGCCGAUGAGGGCUCUGGCAUUCACGGCAGCGUCUCGCACUUUGUGUGGUGCGACGGCCGGCUUGAGAUGCGGGGGGAGUAUCUGACCGGGCGAGGGACGCCGCACGGGUUUGUUCUCGACGAGGCCAAGUUUGGCUUUGCCGCCUACAGCGAGGUUGUCCUCUGGUCGCGGGUCGAUGCCGACCGGGACGAUCCGCUGGGAGUGACUCGCCGGCCGCGACUGCUCCGCGACGUCGGCGACAACUCGGUUCUUGGUCUCGCGACGACCGAUGACUUACUUGUUACCUGCGGCGAGUGGAUCGACUCGAGUUCGGGGACAGCCGCGUUUGUUGGCAAUCUCACCGUGCGUCAGUUUGUGCCCCAGUAGCAAAGGAAGCGAGGGUUGAGCGAUGGAUUGAAUGGCUACG